CAGCCAUUCCAGCACACAGAAACCACAACACAGACUCUCAAACAAAUUAAACGUUGCUGAUUGCAUGUGGUUUGCGAAUUAUCGAUGUUGACACGUAGCAAUACCAGGCCCCCCGUGCCGUCUUCUCAUAGUGCUUUCGUGUGAGCGUGGUCGGGAUGGGCCAGCAGAUCUCAGGCCAGGUGGUGAUGACCCGUCUACCUGAGAAGCUGGUGAAACACGCCGGGCUGGUACGAGACAGCAGUUACCUCAACUACGAGGAGUUCCUGGGCAGGGUGGCAGAGCUCAAUGACGUGACGGCUAAGCUGGCAGCUGGACAGCAAAAACACCUGAUCUUUGAAGUCCAGACUGGCUCGGACGCCUCUGCUCUGUGGAAAGUGGCUGUGAGAAUAGUGUGUACCAAGAUCAACAAAGAAAAUGGGAUGGUGGAGGCGUCUCGUAUCAUGAACCUGUACCAGUUCAUUCAGCUGUACCGUGACAUUACCAGCCAGGCAGCAGAGGUGCUGUCAGCAGAGGGCGCCAGCCUCCCGUCUGGAACCCUCCCAUCAGGGGACUCCUGUCAGGCCAGCAUGUGGAUGGGCAGGGUAAAGCAGUUGACUGAUGAGGAAGAGUGCUGUAUCUGCAUGGAUGGGAAAUCUGACCUCAUCCUGCCCUGUGCUCACAGCUUCUGUCAGAAGUGCAUUGACAAGUGGAGUGGGCAGAGCAGGAAUUGUCCGAUAUGCCGCUUGCAAGUCACCGCUGCCAAUGAGUCAUGGGUGAUGCCUGACGCCCCUACAGAGGAGGACGUAGCUGGCUAUAUCCUCAACCUGGCUGACGAGGCAGGCCAUCCACACAGACCUUAAACUACUCACCACUAAGACACUUUGAUAGACCACUGACUUCGGGAAUAGUUAGGGGAAGGGAGUUCAUCCUGACCUAGUGUAGGGCCUGUAGUUUUUCCUCGUCAGGAAAAAUACCUUGGCCUAGUUUUGUGGUAUGUAGAUAAGAUUUGGUUUGCUUUAUAGAAAUGUGCCUAUGUGAUCUUCACUGUUAGCAAUAACCGCUGGUUAUAUUUAUUUUAUGUUCUCUUUUUUACUUUUCCUUAUUUUUCCAUAUUUUUCCAUGAUUGCUCUCAAAAGUGGAUGUACAGUGAGGGAAAAAAGUAUUUGAUCUCCUGCUGAUUUUGUACGUUUGCCCACUGACAAA